AUGUUGCCCCUCGAAGGUCGCAGCCAGUCGAUCUUCAUCAUUACUACCAUCUUCCUUGGAAUCUCAUUUAUUGCCGUAUGUCUACGAUGCUUCGUGCGGAUUCGACUCGUCAAGGCCUUUGGCUGGGAUGAUACAUUUAUGGUAUGCGCUAUGUUGCUGAACAUCUUGUUCGCUAUAUGCGGUAUCACUGGCGCAUUGUAUGGAAUUGGGCAAAGAUCUAAGGAUCUCGUGCUGAGGGGUACGAUGGAAACCGCAAUGUUUUGGUGGUGGCUUGGUCAAACUAGCUAUGUCUGGACCUGUGCGUUGGCCAAGAUCUCUAUCGCAUUGGCCCUCCUCCGCUUGACGGUUUCCAAGCCACAUAAACUCGUGUUAUGGGCUGUUAUUGGCGUCACUUGUGUUAUUGGUAUUGUCUUCUGGUUCAUGUUGACACUGCAAUGUCAACCAGUUGAGUUCUUCUGGCAACAAGUUCGCCUUUUGGCGGACCCUCGUGCUGAUGUUUCUGGCACCUGCAUGAACCUUGAUCAUAUCAUUGCCAUAGCCUAUGUCUACAGUGUCACAGCUACUUUGUGUGAUCUGACCCUGGGUCUUUUGCCUAUUGCCCUAGUGUGGAAUUUACAUAUGAAUGUGAGGACCAAGUGUGCCUUGGCGGGCAUUCUGGGAAUGGGAUGCAUUGCGAGCGCAGCAGUCAUCGUUCGCAUCCCCUUCUUACACGACUACAAGGACGACGACUUCCUGUACGCAACCGCCAACAUCUCAAUCUGGUCCAAUGUCGAAGCCAGCCUGGGAAUCGCCGCAGGCAGUCUGGUAACCCUUCGACCCUUAUUCCGCUGGUUCCGCGACCCGAGCUCGGCGGGAGGAAGCAAGAGCAGAACCAAGCGCACGGGCGGCAGCGUGCCUCUCUCAAGCGUCAACGGAACACGCUCCGCCUCGUCCGGUCCGCAAUACUGGCGGCCAGACCUAGGUCGGGAAGAUCAACAUGUGAUUACGACAAUUCAAACGUCGAAUGGGUCAGCGACUAGCCGGGCGAGUAGCCAGGAAGAUCUGAACCCGACGAACGGCGGCACAUUCUUUCAGGGUGUGAAUGUUCAAAAAACGUUUUAUGUUUCGGAGGAUCAGACAUCAUAA